AUGGCGGCAAGUCAUGAAGGUUUGCUUCGUGUUUCUUCUUCUCCAGGACAACUGCAGAUGACUUGUACAAGCGAAUUCGUCGCAUUGCCCUUAACAAAGACUAUUGUAGGAGUUUGGUGGCUUGGAGAUAUCUCGAGGAAGGUAAAGCCAAUUAAAGAUGGAGUUAGAUUUGUUACCUAUAGUUACUAACUAAGUUAACUGUAACAAUUAAAAUUUGAUGGAAGUUAUUUUGCCCUUGAUUUUGAGGUACUGAAUUUGAUUUGGUUUUUUUUUUUAAUAAGAAGUAACAAGAUCACUUGGUUUUCACGUUGAUGUUAAAAUAAAUUCACGAUUAAGCAUUUUUACUUAUCAGAAUAUUAUCGAAUCAUGUCUUCUUGAGGAUACGGACGCUGUAGGGUGUUAAAUGAACAGCUACUUUCUAGUAUAUUUUCUUAUCUUUGAAGCAUGACAAAUUUUUUUCAGAGCUUUUUAUUUCAUUGAACAUGACUCAGUAGUCGUUUGAUCUUUAGAUCCUCUCAGCCAUUCAGAAAAACGAUUGGCGAAAGCAGCUGCUAUAGCAACAACAUCUAACAUCAUGAGGAUUUUUUUUUUAUACCAUAAAACUGUUUUCUGAAUUUACAAAGAGUUAUACACUAUUCAUUUUAAGUUUUAUUUUCAGCCUUUACAGCUCUCUGGCCACAGUGGAAUAAUAAGUGCCACUUGUUUUGGACAAAAGGACAGACCUCUUCUUCUCUGCACUGCAUCAGAAGACUUUAUCUACAUCUGGAACAUUGAAAAGCUUUUGGCUAUUGACAAUAUAAGUAUGAUAUACUAAUGCAGUAUUUGCCAGAUAGUUUAUGGUUGCUAAACAAAAAAAACACUAGGGCAACAAGGGUACACGUACAAUUUAAUUUGGAUCAAGAGAAGAAUUUCUAAUGCUUUGUCUGAAGUAGGCAGUGCUUCAGAAAUGAGAAUUGACUGAAAAAGUUUGCAGCCAGUGUUUUUAGAGAACAGUGCUGAUGUACAAAUUAUAUGCAAAACAUCUAGAAUAAACUAUGGGAAUGAGGCAGACACUCCAUGCAUGACAAAAUUUUAUGUUAAUGUGUCAAACAAUUUGAAGCUUCAACUUAACACUCCCCCCCUUCCCUGAGCAGCCCAUGGGCAGGGUUCGACAUUAACUUUUGAGGUAACUUGCCCCAUUGGGCAACUGCCAUUUAAUUUUUAGUUGCCCCCCAAAAACUGUACUUGCCCUGUUCUAAAAGGUAGUUGCCCACUGACAUUUUACCCGCCAUUUUGAACACAUGUGCAUUCAAGAUCUUUCUGUGCAUCCUCUCAUGAAGUGUACCGCUGACAUGAGUGACGCAUUUGCGAUCUCACUCCCUGACGAGCGUUGAAAAUCAAGGUGCUUUUACUGUUUAGCUACAUACAAAAAAGACAACUUUUCUUGGUUUUCUGUUUUCUGUUUUCUUUAUUAUUUCUAAGUGAUUUAAAUUAUUAUUUUUAUUAUUACUUCCAAGUUCCAGCAGUUGCCCUGUAUGGAGGAAGCCAGUUGCCCACUGGGGCAACUGGCCUGAAGAUUUCAGUUGCCCAAGCCAAAUUUUACAUGCCCCGGGCAAUAGGACACCCGUUAGUUUCGAACCCUGAUGGGUAUAGGCCAUCGUAUGUGCAGGGGAGUGGGGAAUGGAAUGUGAAUCUUGCCUAUGGUGGGGUGGGGAAUUUGCAUCAGAAGUGUUAAGUCUUUCUGGCAGAAUACAAAUGUUGUAUCUUUAAAUUUGGUGGUUAGGGUAAAUAUUUAGAUAUACCCUGGAAUUUGGGGUAAAUAUUUCAUUUGUGCUAGUAAAUAGCUCAAAAGAAAAGGUCUGAUGUUUUGAGUGUUAGCCCUUUUUCAGAGUGAAUGACAAAAGGUUAACUCUCUGACAAAGGGCUUAAACACUCAAAAUAUCAGCUUUGUAACUCUUUACAGUUGCCAAUUCAUGUUAUCAACUCAAUUGAUGAAACUUAAUCACCCUUUUAUACUCUCCCACUGACACAGCACCACGGUUUCUUUAGAAAAUGACCCCUGUCAUUCAUUUUGCCAAGUUAGAAAGCUUGGUUGAUGUGUAGAAAGUGAUGGUCACUGAUUUUACCUUCUGCAAAAAAAUUGGGUGGUGUACUUGAAUACAAUUUUUUGUUGCCAGGAAGGGAAUUUGAAUGAACCAAAUCUGCAUAUUAAAAGUUCAAAUGAUGGGGAAAUUACCAGGAAGGGGAUAUGUCAAUGCUUCAAAUUGAAUGAAGCAUAAGUUUGAAAAUUAAAUUACAGUGUCGAGAAAAUGAUCCAUUGAAUGGCCUCCCUGGUUAGUUCUAAUCAAUAGACGUCAAUAUUGAACAUCUUUAUAUUUCAGCUAGUGAUCAUAGCAGUGGGAUACCAGUUGGUAAAGACCUGGGACAUGUCCAACAUCUUAGCUUUAGCAUGACUGACAGGUUGAUUACGGCAUGUAUUGGGAGAGAAAUAUGGGUCAUUAACAUCCAGGUAUGUCAUUUCAGACUUGCAGUAUUUAUAAUACAAACUUGUAUUUUUUUGUCAGUUCAGAAAUAUAUUUGAUACCUUUCUUAUUUUUCAUAUUAUUAGACUAGCAAACUGGACACUCUGUUGGAGGGCCACACCAGCAUUGUAACAUGUGCAGAGUUUCCUCCUAAAAAUGAGUCAAUCAUUGUGUCUAUAAGUGAAGACAGAACUUUUAAGGUAUGUUCAAUGUACAUGCCAGUGUAUUAUAUACUUUAGUAAACUUAUAUUUUUCUUGGACAAAGCAUUGCAGCAGGAAGUAAUCAGGGAAAGUUGUUACAUUGAGCACUGAACAUUUUUUAAGCAGGAGAAAUGAUUUAAGACUUUUCACAAUGACAAUUAUCAUUAUGAUAAUACCAACAUGCAUGCAAUUAUCUAACGAAUAAACCCUGACAGGAAUUCAGUACAUUAAAAGAUAAUGUACAAGCUGAACAUUUAUCACUGUCCUUUCAAUCCCAACAGUUAUCAUUAAUUGUGCUUAAGGUAGAACAACAUUUUAUCAUAAUAACUAUCUUUCAGAAAUGUUUUUUUUAACUCACCACCUGAACUACUGAUAUUGUGUAAUCACUCCUAGGAGUGAAAAGGUUAAAUUAUUAUCAGUUGGCUGAGACAUUUCAGAUCCUGUGGAAGUUUGAAAUACUACAAACACCACUGUAGUUGUAGCUUUGUCAUUUACACAAUAGCUCUGGAUAGUGGAUGAUCCUUAAUUUAGCUUUGUAAGAAUCAUCUUAGGGAAGAGAGAAUAGUGAGAAAAGGAAAGCAAUUUCUUUUUCUUUUCCCCAGUUUCAAACUUACUCUUACAAAAAUUUAGACAACUCUCAGAAAAUUAAAGUGCAUUAACUGCAUACUUGCUAGGCUUAUAGUUAUGAUUCUUGGCCUAAAAUUAAAGAUGUUAUAAAACCUAAUUAACAGUUUGCUUACACUUUGUCUGCAUCAAAUUUAUGACUCAAGGUGUGGAACAUUGAGCAGUCAUGUUUGGUGUACCAGUCAGCCAUUUUGUCAGGUAGGGUUAAAAUGUAUUUGCUUGAAUAGACCAAGGAAACAUUCAAAUUACCCUUGGAAUCAGUUCUUUUUUUUAUCCUUAGAGUAUACUCCUUGCAAGUUAUUCAGACUUUUUUUAAUGAAUAAACUAGAAACACAGUAGAUUAGUAAGAAAUUUCCCUAGCAUUUAUCCCCUUCAGUUCAGAAUAAAUUUCAUGAUCAGUUUUUUUCUGGCAUGUAAAGGCAGAAAAUUGUUCAAUUAUAGUUGCAAAUUUGCUUUGAGUUUAGGAUUUGUAAUCUAACUUAUGAAUACCUUAUUUUCAGCUCAUCCAUUCCUUUCACUUGCUAUGGAUUCUGUUCAAGAACAGAUGGCAAUUGGUUCUGCUGAUGGGAAGGUAACAAGUCACAGAAUUAUAAGCCUGCAACCAAUUAUCACUUUCACAUAGAGAAAUACUGACUCGUGUGAAUUUUUUUUGACUUUUAAAGCUUCACUUGUAUGACCUAACUUACAAUGGUGGUUACCGAUGCUUGUAUGAACUGGAUGUUAAUCAGCUGAUGCAAAAAUAUUGGAGUCAAAAAGAAACUAUAGCAGAAACAUCAAAGAAUGGGCCUUCGUUUAUAAACAGUCAGCCAACCUGGCAAAGUAAAAGUACCCCAGAUGAAGGAAAUGAAGUUGUUUUGGAACCAGGAAUGGCUGUACUUGCUGUCUGCUUCAUAACAAACCCUCUUCAAGAAAGUGCUAGACAUAGGGAUGCAGGAGCACACAGGGUCCUUUUUGGCUCACACACUGGAUCAGCCAUAAAGUAAGAACAAAGAUUAAUAUGUGAGCCAACAAAGAUUAAUAUGUGAGCCAACAAAAAUCUACUUCACCACACAGUUGUAGACUUCAAAUCAAGAAGUUUGGAAUCCAGGCUGGCUAGUAUUUUAUGUUAUAUAAUUAUUGAUAUUGUUUGAAUUAGGGUUCUUAAACUUGCAGUCAAGUUACAGUGUAUCUCUUUCUCCACUUGGCCAGUAUUAUGUAUUAACUAUUUUGCAUUAUUUAUUUAGAGAAGAAUUCAUUAAAUGUAUGAAAAUUGAGUCUGUUGAUCAGUUGACCUUAGAGGGCCAAUUCUGAGACUGAAAGGGUUUUAGAAACUAAAUUAUUCUCUACUCCAUUUAACAAAUAGAUUCCAAGCUGCCAUGUGUCUGUUCAGUAAUAGAUCACAGAUGAUGUCAAAAUGAGGUAAGAACAAAAAAGUGGCACACGAGGCGCAGCGGAGUGUGUCACUGAUGUUCUUACCACAUUUUGACAUCCUCUGUGAUCUGUUACUGAACAGAUGCACAGCAACUUGGAAUCUAUUUGUUUUAUGUAAUAAAGAAUUUUAAAAAGUUUUAAUGAUGAUGUCAUCUAUAUGUCUGUCCUCCAAAGAUCAUAAGUGAGAACCAAUCAGAAUGCAUGCAUAACUGAGCUUAUUAUAUGAUUUAUGUUCAAACACCAGACAUCUUUUGUGUGUUUUCUUGUUAAAGGGAUGUGUUUCAUGUGUCCUCCAUUGUGGCCAUAGCAACAACAGCUGCCAUUGUAUUGUUGAACUGUGACAGCAGGGAGCCACUGUAUGUUCUGGACUUUCAAGGUAGUCUUUUACUCGAUACACAAUAAAUCCUUUGGCCCCUAAGUGUGACUAGCAUCUAAUUUCUCGUUAUGGUAUCACCCCUGAAUCAAACAUGGAAGUCAUGAGAAGAGAGGAGAUGAUCACCAACUAAAACAGCUCUCGAUUGUGAAACAAAUUCUCCUUGUCAGCCUCUUUGGAAAUGUCUGGAGAAAAGUAAGGAGAAUGUGCAUACUGAUGUUAGGGUUAAGGGUUAAUGGUUUGAACUCAGGAGUAAUGGUCAAUUGUGUGGUCUUAUCAUGUGUAAGUGAGUGACAUCCCAACAACCUGAAGAAUCAUGUCAUAAUAACUAUUGGCAUUGGAGGAAGAGCAGGGGCUUAUCCCCCCUCCCCCCCCCAAACAAAAACUCUGAACUUUGGGGGAGAAGGACAGGGUGAGGGACCCUCCCCCCACACUCCACCUCCUGCAUACAUGCUUUGAAUUAAAAUUCUUAUUGCAAGAGCAGCUUAAAACUUUUUUGUCUCACAGUUUGUUUUAAUUUUUCCAUGAGGUUUGUACUGCAUAAGAUAAUUUGUCUACUUAUGCAUUGAAUAAGUGGAUUACAGCCACAGUAGAAACUGAUGAUCUUGCAAAGAGGCUUGCUUGUGCCAACUAACUGUAAAGGACAUUUCUAGAAAUUUUGUAGGGCUUUGGUCUUGUCUUAGGCUACUGCCCAUGAUGUCAGACAAUUGGAUAACAUUACGUACAACUUCUUUGAAAGUAUAGCAAUUAUAAAAUCAUAAAAAAAUGUCAUUGAGUCCAGAAAUAGUUAGAGGGCUGUAGAAGUAUGUCAGUUUUCCGACAUCAAGGAUGUUGUCAGUUUUCUUACAGAUAUAUAGAAACUUUUAUGGCACAUUAAGUGCAGGGGAUGACGUUUUUAGACAGCCUCACAAGUUUCAGUUCAAAACUAACAUUAAUGAAUUAUUCAAUUUGUGAUUAAUAUUGCAGAGCCUAUUUUGUCCAGUAGCGAGUUAGAUGAUGUUCAAUAUCACAUCUCGACUCCUGGUUCAUUUGCGUUUGCAGAGAGGCCUGAUGGCAAUGUGAGUACAAAACUGGGAAAUAAUCGAAAGACAAAUGAUAAAUAAAUGUUGGACAAUUUGCCUCAGAAUGUAGAGCCUCCAUCAGUUCUAAAGUGAAGCUAUCAAUUAGCUGUCAAUUAAUCUCUUCUCUGUUAUACAGGUGCCACCAGUUUUAUGUUUAUUCUUUCAAGGCAGACUUUCAGAUAUUUACUUUUCUCUUCUUGUUUCAGAUGAUUUGUUUGAUUGGCAGCUUGUUUCAAAAUACGGUGAAUGUUGUCAAAAUCAGGAAGCCAAAAACUAACACGGAGACAGAGAAUGUCCAUCAGGUUAACAGCGUUCAAUGAACAGCAUUUUUGUCAAUUUUGUUUGUUUAAGUCCUUGUUUACUGUUGAGCAGGUAGCAGAAGUGCGCGGAGGUGUUGUAAACGUGUCUCUAACAGCCCACUAACCUGGUCUCGGAUUGGACCGUCAGUUGAAACAACCAAGGGGAGAAAACAAACAAACAACAAUUACGAUAAAACUGAGCUUUAAAGAAGAAAAUUCAUGAAGUGUCAGAAUUUCUUUAAUAAUUUUGUUAAAUGUUGGGAAAAGGACUCCGAUAUAAUGAACACAGUACCAAUUCCGUCAAUCCUCAUCAAAUUACGGUUCUACUUUUAAAGUUCUACUUUUUUUUAAACCUUAAAUUUAUGUUCCUUAUUCAUGUAUAUAUUGUGGUUCAAUUUUAUCCUUGGUUCAAAUUUUAUUUUCUUUUGUUUUUGGGUAUUGUAAUGUAUGAUAAUGAGUUUGAAACAGAGGAAAAUAUCAUUUCAACCAAGGAUAAAAUUGAACCACAACAUAAACACGACUCCCUAUUUUUCCGCCAUCAAAAUAUUCUAUUGCACGUUAGGAGAGAGGAUGCUACCUUUUGUUUCUUCUCGUAGAAUAAAGCUCCAUUCGAAAGAAAUGCCGCACGAAUAUUUUUAACCGCUAUCCUUUUGCAUUCUCUCCUUGUAGGAUUUGCCUCAAAGACUGUCACAGUCUGUAGGUUUAAGUUCCCAUAGUGACCAGGCUGAAGUGACGUCACCCAUGGGAGGCGCCGAGAUGGCAACCAGCACCGUCACUGUCCUCUCUAAGUAUGAUUACUAUGGCAACAAGAGUGUCAAAAUCAAAUUUCCCUUUACAGUUGAACGAAAACAAGCUUAGCGACCAAUCAAACUUCAUGUACAUAUCAAGACGGACCAAUUAAAACUCAAAGCUAACACACAUGACCCGUAAAUGCGGCUGAUGUGGUUGUGAGUUUGUUUGUUACUGUCCUGUCAAAAAGAGAAACAACCGCAACUUUGUUUACGAUGUACAUCUGAAAAACUGACUUAUCGUGAAUUGGGAAGAAAAUUUUACCUCUGCGUUUUGUUUGCAGUGCUCCGCUGUGUAGUAAUUCGCCUUUAAAAGCAGAGCUUGUUCCAAAAACAGCAACCAAACUGCGGCAGAAACAAAAAUCUUCUAGCAAAGGUUAGUUGAGUCCAUAAUUGACCUCAUUAAUCGUAGGGUAAAAUCAAUUUCCUAGUAUGUACUUUUUUUCUUUCUCGUUCCUUUCAUCUUACAUGACGACAAGCAUUUUGAUGAGCAAGUUUAGUUGUGACCAUUUUGACCUUUCUGCCGCAGAGAGCGAGUCUCACCUGUUCAAAGUUACCUGCUGUAUGUUUUUUCAUCCUUUUGUUUUUCAUUUUCUAGAUGUGAAAACAAGAGUUCUUGAUCAGCCUCUAACAUUCCAUCCAAAAGUGAAAUCAUCUGGUUAUUCAUCUUCAGCACCAAGGUAAAUUUCUUUCGUUCCUUAUGUCUUCCUCAUCAGUUGGUUUUCUUUCUUUCCGAAACAGACGGUAACUCCCAAGAGUUUUGAAAUUCCGACGACGCUCAAUGCUGUCGUUUCACAGGGCUUUUGUAAUGAAAGCAGUGUACUAGGAUUUUCAAUUACUGUUGUGCCUAAAGGCUGACUUGCUAUUGUUGGUGCGAAUGAUGCAACCAUUUAAGGAGUCAGUUAGAGCUACGGCGCAAAAUAAACGUCUCCUAAAGGCAAAAAACCCUGCGAUCAUUUUCUAUCUCAAAAAGUGUUCAAUUAGGGAGGGGUAGAAAAUUUUGGUUGAACCAUGAUAUUGCGCUGAGGCUAUAAUUUGAACUCAUAUUCAGCCUGCAUUAUUGAUCUUCUUUUUAUCAGGUCCAAAAUGUUUUCACCGAACACAAGCGCUUCAAAGCCAAAACCAUCUGCAUUCCCGUCGAAAAAAGUGACUUCCACUUCUCUGAGCACUGGGUGAGUGAAGAAUUAUACAAAUAAUGAAUAGAUUGGUAGCCGUUUGUUAUAUCUCUCAGUACGAAGCAAGAGCUGUGGAGAUAGAUUGAAAUCAGGUAGGGUGUGCCUCCCUCGAGAAGAUAAACAACCUCUGGAUUGUUUUUGUUUUUGUUUUUUUUUCUCACUGAACAAGUUGAGUAAAAUUAUCUGCAAACGUUCUGAUUCUCGACCCAGCAAUUUAACGCUGCUUUCGCUCUCUUGAGAAAAAAUCAAAGCAUAAGUUGUCUGAAUUGUGCAAGAAAUUUCAUCAUUAACAACAUAUUGAAUCAUCGAAUAGGGAACAAACAGCACUCGCCAGGAGGAUUUGUAGCCUCUGAAGUUUCAAAUUGUUCUAUUAAUUUCUUUCUAAGGGCGUCAUUAAAGGAAUACCCAAUGGAUAGUGAAGCACCCACCAACUUGGAGCAUAAACUGUGGCUUACUGAGAAACCAACCCCCAUAAACUGCAUCGUGUUUUCAGGUACGCUUGUGAACAGGAGUGUUCAAGGUUUUAAGUAAGAAGAUCACAAAAAUAACUACCUAUGCGCAGUCAAGACAUCUAACCAACAGAAAGCGCUGGAAAACAAAUGAAAGAAGUGCGACAAAAAUUGUAUCAAGUGUGAAGCGCCGGGAAAAAUAGAAUCUACUACAGGAAGAGCGGAAAACAUACCAAACAUACUAUAGUCAAAGUGCCGUCGACGUCGAAAGGACGCUAGAUGUUUUUCAAAGGAUGUCUCUUUUAUUUCCUCUGUUUACACUUGCAGACGAUGGAAAGCAUAUCGCAUGUGGUCUGGCUAACAAGAGUGUUCAUAUGAUGAGACCUCCUCCCUCGAGCAAGGAGAGAGUGUUUACAGGUGAGAAAACUGAUUCUUUUCAAACUCUCGCCUACUCUGAAUGAGUAGCUGGCUUAGAAAAGAGGCAAUGAAUGGUUACUAACUGAAUUAUUCCAAAACGAUUCGUACCCCAUAGUAGUUUUGUUCUUGAUGUUGUGGAAGGACGGCUGAAGCAAGGAAUAAAGCGUCAGCGAAUUAUGGCAAAUGAAUCUUAUUAUUCAUUAGUCUCCAUUUCCGCCAGCUCUUCAAACGUUGUAUUUGUUUCAAACUGGAAAUUCUUGUGAAUUUUCUAAUUUGUACUGAGACUUACAAAUGUUAUAACUGACUAACUCACUCGCUGAAGUAGUGACACACCCACGGGCUGAGAUGUCGAUCGAUUGAUUGGUUGGUUGGUUGAUUGACUUAUUACCUGGUUCAUUGACUAAUCGACAAGGUAUGUGAAAUGACCGAUUGCACCGUUAAGUCAAAGUUUUAUUCCCGCCCUCUAACUAGUAGAAUUCCUUUUCAAAAGCAAAACAACUGGUAAAAUCUCCAACAAAUGUGACUCGCAACAUUUCUGUCUUAUCUCUGUUGUCAGGACAUGACGGAUCAGUGACCAGUGUUAGCUUCAGUCAUGACAGCCGCUGGCUGAUGACGUCAUCAAGUGACAAGACUGUCAGACUGUGGAGCCCCGCCCACUCGGAUCCUGUGAUGACAUUCUCAUCUGUCAAUCACAACUUUUCCUCAGAACUUAACAGCUCUACAAAUGUUAAGGUAGGCGUAGAUGAUAAUUGCACAUGAAGUAUCAACCUCCAUAUUUUGGCACUGUGUCUUUGGUGUCUUACUUGUUCCUUUCCACUAUAAAUCUGACCGGCAUCCUGAAAUCAAUCAAAGCCCAAACAUUUCCUUUUCAUUGUAAUCUUCCUUUGGGCACUCCUAGUUCUCCCGCCUUUCGUGCUGAUGUCAAUGUUGACAGUCUUGUCAAGAGAUUGGUUUUUUUUAAUCUCGUGGACCUGUUCAUCACCAGCUUCAAGCUAGGUUCGACUACCAGCUGCCGUUCGGGAAUAUGAGCCCGCGCAAAACCCCCCCCCCCCGCCCGAACCCACUGGGGAGGAGCGCAGACCGGCGGAAAUAGAGCCUCAUGAUAUCACGUUUUUUCUAUGAUCUAAUGUUAAGAUUUUCCUCUUCGACAGGAUAAUCCUCCGUUUUCCAAGGAAAUAACUCAAGCUAAAUUUUAUUAUGUUGACAAAUUCGUCUUUCUAGCAAGUGGCAACGGCCUUCACAUGUACAAGUACCACAUUGACACCGGGCAAAAAGAUGACGUCAAAAGGUUUGGUCAACAGCGUAACAAAUUUUGCAUAGGCGUAAAACAGUGUAGAAUAUAUAUGUUUGAAAGCGAGUUGUGAUAUAAAAGCUACUCACAUUUAAGUUUUGUCUUGCAUGUUUUCUUUUUAGGAUCUAAAAUAAUGACAUAUUUUUGUAUGUAGAUACCAAACAAACAAUAAAUACAAGUUGGUGAAAAUAUUUCAGCAGGAAAAGGCUCAGCAAAUUACCUGUUUCUCUGCCAUCAACGGAUUUCACUCCUGUAUCCUUUAUUAAUGUGAAAACUUUAGUAAAAACCCCUAAGAAAUUCCAUUCGCGAGUCGAAAGAGCUCUUUCACUCGUUAGUGAACGACACUUAGAGAACACGCGUCAUUCAAGCACGACUUGACCACUAGAUCGUCGUUGUGGCCUUCUAUUUACUCAACUAGGUUUCACCUUUUAUCUCUUUUUCUUUAUUCAAAAUAAAACAGCAGCAUGAAAAAAUUCACUUUCUGUAUUGCUCAAUUCUUACACGAGGAACUAUUUGAUUCUUUUUUGUUUUCGCUUUUUCUUUACUUCUUAUUCAAAAUCUGAAGCAAAUUGAAGCAAAGCCGCUCCAGUUAAUGGUUUCCUUGACAUACGCUCCAGACAUAGUGUUAUGCUGUGGUUCCAAUAAGUCAAUCCAGGUCUUUGAUAUGAACGCAGCUCGUACAGUCCGAGUGAUCCUGGAUUCCCACACUCGCCCCGCACACACCAUAUGUCAAAAUGAGGUAGGUUGCUCUGAAAAUGUUUGUUCUCCUUCCCAAUUCAAGCCACAAAUAGUUAAAAUUGGGAGUAGUAGUUUGCUAGGUUUAGAGAGUGCGCUUUAGACUUCAUGUACAAUCUAACAGCGUGUCAAAAUAUAACCUUCCCUCCCUCCCUCCCCCCCCCCCCCCAAGUUAAAAUGUCGAGAGCCCUCAGAUGUCACUAUCAUCUUUCAAUGGUCCAAAUAUUUCCAAACAAUCGCCGUGCAAAUCCCAGAACGGUUUUAUACUCGAGAAUCUCGCAGUCCUUAACAAAAACUCACUGACUUUUUAUGCCUGUGUAUAUUACAUAAGUUGCUCAGUUUAUUUUAUCUCUGUUCCCUUUUUUAUGUGGAUUUGAUUCUAGGGUUCACUGUUUGUUUCACACCCUCCAAACGCGUACGACCUCUUCUUAACAGCUGCGGUUACUGAUGGAAUAAAAUUAUGGGACUUACGCACCAACAGGUGCGUUCGCCGGUAUGAUGGUCACGUGAACAGAUCGCAGCCAGUCGGGGUGGCUAUCAGUCCGUGCGCAAGAUUCAUUGCAACUGGUUCUGAGGACAGAUCGGUAUGAAUCUACGAAUUUUUUAUUCUUAAAAAAAAUAUAUAUAUAUAUAUUUUUUUUUUUCUUUUUUUAAUGACACCAAGAGUGCAUUACUGAGGCAUCUUAGUCAGAUUCGCCAUAGCGACCAAGGCCGGGUUGUUCAAAGCUGGGUUAAGAUAACCCAGGGUUAGUGUAAAAUUUUAUUUAAGAUCUGAAAGUUUGAAAAAAAAUUCAGCUUAAAUCUUUUUGUCCUCAAUUUGUUGAUUGAAUGCUCUAAAAAUAAAUGAAGAAAAUUGUCCUCAAACAGCUUUUGAACAGAGAAGUAUAGAAACCUAGAUUAAAAUUUAACAGUGGGUUAGCGCUAAUCGGCCUUCGAAGAACUGGGCUCAGAGAGUUACUCCUUCUCCCUGAUCAGUUACUUAGUCUACUUCGGGUAAGCUUUUUUAACGUGCCAGUUAUAUUCCAUAAUUGUGUGCUUGAACCCAUUUAUACUUCCAAGUAUAGAGAGGCACUGUCGUGCAUAAGACCCAAAUACACUUUCACUCGGCCAAGACUGGAACCCAAACCUCUCUAUCCAGUGUCUAGCGCGGUAAAUAGAAGGAGCCGCCCAUCUCUAAAAUGCGCCUAACGAACUCGCCCAUCUGCAUGCUUAAGUCACAUGAAAAGAAAAAUUCGAAAAAUAUUUCACGCUUAGCUUGACAAAUACUUUAUUUUAUUGUUGGAGCAUGGUACUCAAGGUUUGUUAGGGUAUAUCGUUGUUGUUUUUUUUUAUUGUAUUUUUUUUUUCAGCUUUGUUGUCGUUAUUAUUUUUCUUUGUUUUUUCCCUUUGAAAGAGAACGAAGAAAUAUCAACGCAAAAUUUAUUUUCGAAGUAAACGUCUCAAGUUAAAUAAAAAUUGGAAAAAAAGGCAAAGUCACAAUUGAUUUAGAGUACCUAGCAAAAAUCAGCCGGCCAGUAAAUACAGCCAAGAAAAUUACAAAAUAUCUAAGGGAAACUAUAUUACCGCGUAAUGUUAUGGUAAUCGUAUACCGUUGAGCUUUUCAUGUCGCGUGCUUCAGCUUAAGGGCACGUGAAUCCCUCAAGAUACCCUUGUAGUAAUUACGUAUGUCGGAAAUGUUGUUUAUGCGUGAAAAUAUCGUAAAACAACAUUACAUAUACAUGUAGGGCUGUUUAUCAGUAGAAACACUUCCGUAAUAUUCAAUGAACACAAAGCUGACCAGUAUGCAGUACGAUUGUGUACCUUAAACCCUUUGUUUUUCAACAUUUUGAGCUCGGUAUGAAUUGAAAUAAAAAGUGUUUUGCUUUUAUAUACCUGAGAGAUACACACAUGUGUCGCCAAAAGCAUGAUCUUAUGCACUUGACUUAUCGUCUGCCUAACACAUACAUCUUCAAAUGUAACCUACUUAGACGUAAAUAGCUCUUAGAUCUGUUUUGAAGAUUUUUUUUUGGGAACGUUAGAAAUGUCAAUGAAAUCAAAUCAUAUGUUUGCGAAAUGAGGGGUAUUUUGUCUGUCAGUGCAACUAAAAAUGGCUUCCUUUUAGAAAUUUUGCCACUGGACUAUUAUGUCUGUAAUUGUCCGCGAGGGAAAUCGUUGUUAUUUUCAAAGUUGUGAAAUACCAAACAUGAUUUAUAGUCGGCAGAAUUGCGUGGGAAGAAGGCGACGCCCAAUAUUACAAGCCUCUCCCAUCCUGUUGCUUCUUGUUUCAUCAAUAAACGCCUGUGUUCAGCGGAGGAAUGAAUAAGUGAGUCAUCCGAGUGGGCGUUGUUUUUUCUCUCCAGCUGUUUGUAGAUGAAACCUAUCUUCUUGGACGAGUUUCUUCGCAAAUAUCAAUGCUGACUGAUGUACAUAGAUACGGAAUGAAAACGAUCAGUUACAUCGAGCAAUGUGCGACUUAGUCUACGAGUCGAAAAAAUAAAGGUUCAUUAAGAAUUAAAGAGAAAUGCAACUUCUGCAUUUUUAGUUGAAAUCAUUUUACUCAAAUUCGUUUUUUGUGGUUGUCAAAUUUUGGUUUCUGAGUUCACAUGUUUUUUGUAAUAUAAGCUAAUCUGUAGUUUUAUCAAAACUUAGCGUGGGACUUUGUACUUUAAACGGAUGCUCUUGAAACUCACUCCAGUGUGACUCUAGGAAAAUAAAAUAGCAAUAUCCCAAUUUCAGAAUGUCUAGGAGCUAAGAUUCUAAUCUCAUGGUAAUAUUAGCUUGUCUGUGGUUAAAACCCAGGAUUGAGAUCAUGUAAACGAAAGCUCUGGGAAAUUACUUUCAUGUGACCCUAAAACAAGAAAAAGAUUUUUUUCUUUGUCCCACAAUCGUGACAAGACGAAAAAAAAACAUUUUUCUCUAUUUCUUUACCGAGCUCAAAACUUACCAUCUCUCUUAUUUCUAUUUACAAACAUUACGCUAUCGACAUUUCUGAUCCUAGCAGUAUGCAGGACGCGUGUCCUAUGAACUUCGUAAAAGAACUCGCUCACCGUGGAGUCUCAGUGGUAGAGCAUCAGAGCGCGGAAUCCGAAGGUCUGAGGUUCGAUUCCUCAUGGGGACUCAGAAUCUUUUCUUUGUCCCACGCUCGUGACAAGACGAAGAAAAAAACAUCUUUCUUUAAGAAAAAAAGUUUUCGAAUUCCCGGAACUUAUGGUCACAUUUAUCUUUUUUUAUGAUAAGGGCCUUAGUGAAACCCCAACUUUUCAUGAGCAUCGACGUAUAUUCGUAAACUAAAGAAAACAUGUACAAUAUUUUUUUUCGUUUUCAGGCCUACCUUUACGACAUUCGAGGAAAUACAUUUUGUCAUCGGCUCACUGGUCACACAGACGCGGUAUCUGAAGUAGCCUUUCAUCCUGCACAACCUCAGGUGUUAAAAAGAGCCCUGUACAUUAAGAUAUACGAUUGACACUUUUUGUAUGUCUGACAUAGCAGUGAGCCUUCAUUACGCAUUUGGCUAUUGAAUGAGGGCGAAGCGAACUUUUAGAAGCGAACUCUUUGAAGCAAACUUUAUCUGAUAAAAGCUGUUGUAAUUUUUAUUUCCUAUUAAGUUUAGACUGCAUCCGAUUUCGAUUUUUUUGUAGCAGGGUCAGUUUUAAAGAACUUUCGGAGACUUCAAAUAACCGAAAAAUAAUAAUAAAAUUUCAAACAAAGGUAUUUCCUGUUUUUAGUUCGGAACCAAUUACCAGCCAAUACCGCUCCUCUUAAAAACCGAGUGAAGGAGGUGAAGAAAUAAAAUCAGUCAAAACUUCAACCCACAUUUCGUUCUGCUGGUUGCGUCAACCCCAUCUCUGACUAAUCCGGUGAUUUUGGAAACUAGAACAUACAAGUAAUUUUGCUUUCAAUGUCUGCAGCCCUACAUAUAAGUCAGAGUUAACCUAGCGUAAGACAAGGUCGUGUAUAAGCAAGCGGUACAUAUAUUAACUCAAGUAUUUUUCCUUUUUCAUCACAGCUUGUAACGGCUUCUCAGGACGGACGAUUACGGUUUUUCUCCGAUCACGGUUAACAGGUUUGAG